CUCCCGAUUAAGCUUUAGAUUUCUGAUAUGUGAAAUGGUAAUAACAUGGCCAUACAGAAAGAUCAUCGUGGGGAAUCUGAAGAAAUACUAGAGAACGUAUGGGCAAGCUUCAUUGGUACUGAAGAUGGGGUUGAAAAAAGAACGAGUGAUGCUGCAACAGAAUUGUCAAAAUCGUGGGAAGAACUGCCUUGUCUUGAUGGAAGAGAUGGGUCAAUGGAAAUUUUACAAAGACUGCCAAGUUUAGGGAGGUGGAUAUCAAUGGGAGCUGAAGCAUGGGAGGAGCUGCUUGAUGGGAUUAUCCCUGCAACCAAUAUAGAACAGUCUUGCAACGAUGAUUUAAAGAGCAAUAAUAAAGCCUCAACUACUACAGGACCUAAAAUGAAUGCCGAGAGAGCAGAAAAGGUGGCUACGCAACACUAUCGGGGAGUGCGAAGGAGGCCCUGGGGAAAGUACGCGGCGGAGAUAAGAGAUUCGACAAGAAAAGGAGCUCGAGUUUGGCUUGGAACUUUUGCCACGGCUGAGGAAGCGGCGUUGGCUUAUGAUAAAGCUGCUUUACGAAUCAGAGGCUCUAAAGCACACCUUAAUUUCCCACUUGAGACAGUUGCCGAGGCUAUGGGGAUUGAUUACUCGGGAAAUGAAUUCAGUGGUACCACAAUGCUUUCUGAAGAAAAUGUUCCGAUCCCGCGAAAGCGAGCAUCGCGAGAGUGGGAGCUAAACAAUGGGAUGAUGAUGAAUUAUGAACAGCCUGAAAUGAAGAAAAUGAACUGUAUGAAAGAUACUUAUGGUGCUGAAUUUGAUGUGCUGGAGUUUCAGGACCUGGGUGCUGAAUAUUUGGAUAAUUUGCUAUCUUCUUUAUGACAAAAUGAAGAACUCGGUAGCAAAGAUUUUACAUUGGAGGUAUUUCUAUACGUUACUAUAGGCAUAUAUUAUAUAAUUAUGUGGAUUUAUUUGUAGCUGGCAAAAUUUGAUCUUCGAGUGAAUCUGGGUUUUUGUUAUUUGUAGAAAGGCAUUUGAGGAUUAUGUAGAAGAAGUAACUAAUCGUUCCAUUCGUU